AUGUAUGGUGACCGAGUAGCUCUGCUUUUCGCCCUUGGCCUUGAACACCAUGGUGCUGGGAUUGACGGUGACAUGCAUGAGGCCAUUGGAGGGAUUAACGACAGCAACGUUAUCGGCGGCGUUGUCGAAAGCUGGUUGGGAGCUGCUGCAGCCAAUAUAGAGAGGGUGGCCGUCACCGUCACUGUUGGAGAUGGCGCCGUAAUCGUCAUCCUCUGGGGGGGCAAGGCGGAGGCACUGCAAUCUGAAAUAGUCCUCAGCAGUCACAUCGUACACCAGCCCGGGGUCGGUGGCCUUGUGCGGGUCCACGUGGCCAGCCCCCCUGGCCCACACGGAUGCCUCUGCCCCGUCGUCCAAUAUGGGCCAUCCCUGGCUGUCUCGGGUGUAGGCGAGCGGAUCAUGGCAGGGGACCAGUCAGGGUGGGCCCCCUUGAGCAGGGUGGCGAUGCCCGAGACAUGGAGGCAGGCCAUGGAAGUGCCGGAGAGGAUGUUGAACUCUGUGCGGCGCGUGUCUGAGGAAAGGCCAGUCGGGGACAGGCCGUCGGGCCAGGCGGCGAGGAUGUUGACUCCCGGGGCAAUCAGCUCGGGCUUGAGAUAG